CUCUUUAUCAUUAUUAUAAUGAAUCACUCACGAAUCAGUUCGACCACAAGGCGAUUUUCCAGUCAUCUUUUAAACGAUCACAAUACCUUUUAUGAAGUACCAACUCUGUCAACAUCUCAAAUACUUCAAUGUUUACACGAAGUGAACAUACAGAUCACACAACAAGAUUUAUUACACCCAACUAAACAACGCGUUUACUUAUUAUACAAAAUAUUAUUACAACUGCUCAUGCCAUGGCAAACAAAAGCUCUUGAAAAUGAACGACAUAAAAGGCGUUUACAAAAUCCCAAUGAUUCAGACGUAUAUCAAUCUAUUAACGAUCAUAUAUCUCUUUACCAUUAUUUCAAGCUCCUUCUCAGUAAAAUCGGUUAUCAUGAUUUUUUUUUAGGCGACAUUGAAAAUCCAUCCCCUUCACGGUUAGCAAAAGUUCUUAGUGUUAUCAUCAACUAUAUCAAAUCACGCGAUGCCAAUUGGCAAGGUUUUGAAGCUCUGGCGACACAUGAGGAAGAUACCUUACUGGAAAUACAAAAGUUACUUGGUGAAAUCGAUGAUUUACAAAAACAAAACUCGGAAACCCAAACCAAGUUAAACAGUAUGGAGCCAGAAAUGAAUGAAAUGAAAUCACAAGUAGACGAAGCGGAUCAGACUAUUCGGCAAUUAGAAGGAUUAGUAGAAAAAUAUCAAUCAGAUAUCAGUUUACUGAAAAUCAAGAGACAUUCUCUGAAGGAAAAAUUUCAAGAAUCUCAUCAGGCGUUUUCGACAAUGAUGGAUGAAACGAAAAAACUUGUAGCGAGAGCUGAAUACGAUCCUGCCCAAGCUUCAAUGAAUCUGAAAAAAGCUCAGGAGACCUUCCAACAGAACAAGACAUCUAUUGAAACAACAAGUCAGGCACUCAGAUCAUUCGAAAAAAUGUCAGAAAAACAACUACAAGUUUUAGACAGAAUCACAAAAGGGAAUGAUUUACAAAAAGAUGUACUAUAUCAAUCCAUAAAGAAAGACCAAUUAAAUUCAAAUAUCAAGGAACUUGAACGAAAAAUAGAUGGUGAUGAUCCAAAUGUCAAGGAUUCUGUGGAUUAUGGCAACGAAAUUCGGAAAAAGUAUAGGGAAUUGGAAGUAGCAUUGGCCAAGUUAUAUGAACAACAACAGAAAAAAAGAAAAACGAUGCAACUACAUUUAUUGAAACAUGAAGCUGAACAUGAAGAAGUUAAUCAGGAAGUAGCAGCCACUCAACAGGAACAAACUUUAUGUGCAGAAAGGAUCCAUCAACUUCAAUCUCAAAUGGAUCUUAUGCAAAAAGAACUUGAACAAAAUGUGACCAGAAUGAAUGGAAUUGUAGAUAGAUUAUUGAUAGCUCGUGAAGACAUGAUUAUUCUUAAUUACUGAAUAAAAGUUUAC